UUCGAAAGGGUUCAAGAAAGGAGGAAAGGUGGGAAUAAAUUCGCCAGACGGCGUGGCUCUCGGUAUAGUCUGGUGCAUAGCAGGCGACUGGGCACAAGUGCAGUGUGUUUUCCCAAAAAGGACAUAGCAACGAAGCAAGAAGACGAUUCAAGAUGACAUUGCGGACAUUGCUGAUACUCGCUGGCGUGCUCGCCCUAGCAGGCGCCACAGCAGAGGUCGACCCCAACUACCCACUCUCCUAUGGCCUGAAACCUGAGACGCGGUAUGUGUCCCCCAAGGACGUCGUGGUGAAGAACCGCGCCCAGGGUCCAGUGCCAUUUGGAGGUCCUCAACCCCAGGGAUGGAGGCUACGUCCGUUCUUCCAGCCACAGCAAGUCGUUGCUCCGUACCCGGAGAGUCGUGUGUGGCUUUCUAGGCCACAAGUAGCUUAUUAUUAUACUUAUCCCCACGGCUACUAUGGGUUUCCGUACCAAUAUUACCCCGUCAACUUCGUGUACCCCGUGAAAUAAACCCGUCUGAAGCCACAACAUGGCACCCUGCUGAUCGAACAGCGCCUGGUGAAGCACCACGUAUAUAUGCGAAGACAAAAUCCAGUACAAACCAGCUCUACAAAAACUCUGCCAUGUUUAACCAGGACGAACGCAUCUGUUGAUGUUGAACUUGAUGGUUGUGAGGGUCAUUAUGCUUUGGUGUCGUGCGUUUGUCUGUGGGGGUUACGUUUGCGUUUACGUGUGCUAUGUGUGUAAAUAAAGGUUUCCU